CAACUUUAGUAAAGGCCCUGUCAGACACAAAGCCACCGCACUUAUUUCGCUACCUCACCCUUUGACCCAACGAAGGAUGCUAGAAGAUACCACCUGUCCUUCCAUCUUCUGUCCUCUCACCUUUCUCUCAACGCACGUCCUCCCCACUUGGCUAUCUCCCACAAUGGUCCGCCUGUCCCUCCUCCUCUUGCCUCUCCUCUUCGCCACCCUCUGCAGCGGCAUAACAUUCAAGCUCCUCUCCAUCGGCAUCAGUCUCCUCUCCGCAGCCACAGGCUACGCAUGCGAGCGCCCUUUACCCUUGCCGGACAAGUACAAGGGUGUCCCUUGCCUCGUUGCAUUGGGUAUCGAUUUGAUUCUGGCCGUUGGGCUGAUCAUUGCUGGGGUAAGGCCGGAGCGAGGCGCGCCUCUGGAAGGCGAGGAAGGUGGGGCCAUCAAGCUGGACUACGGUACAUUAAUCGACGUCCAUCCAGCCUGGCACGGCGGUAAGGAAGGACUCAAAGACCUCUUCACCUCAGCGAAGCGCUCCCCUAGUGAGCAUGUGCUGCUCGCCCACCACGUAGGCGAGAAGGAAGGGGAGAUCUCCCACUGGCUCUACUCCUUCGACGUUUCGACCAAUCAGCACCGACUCGCCGUAGGGCAGGGCAACUACCCGACGACUGACACUGGCAAUGGUACCGGUGCUGCCAUCAGCUCUGCCUCCCUCCUUUCCGACCGGCAGGAUAUCAGCCAAGUCAAUUCUGCCCAACAGUACGUCCAGUACACGUGGGACGACGAUGAUAAGGACGCGGACCACCAUGCCAAUGACGAUCACGACGCGCUCAGUGCUGCGUACUACGAUGCCUUCAAAGGCCCACAGUACACGAAGAACUUUUUCAACGCGUGCAUGGGCUUGUACGUUAAUGGGAAGUUGGCGACGGGCGGAGCCUUGUAUGCUACGCAGGGGGAGCAUAGGAUCAAUCAGCCGGGUCAGGAGUCGGGGUUGGCAGGGGAGUGUAAUGAUAAGAUCAAGGGGGAAAAGAAGUAG